UAUUGUUUUGGGAGAACGACCAGGAGCAGACGGCAGACGGUCAUUUUUGACAGGAUGGCUGGUGCGAAUAAAAACGUGUCUUUAAGUGGGCUUUACGCCGAUCUCAAUAAACACGGCGCCAAUGGCGACUACGAUCGAGCCCUCAAAGUCUGCAAUCGACUUUUGCACGAAUUUCCCGACGAAGAAAAGGCGUUCCAAUGCAAACUGGUGUGCCUCAUCCAAACCUCAAAGUUCCAAGAAGCAAUUCAGGCCCUGGGAAAGAGCCAGAAAUUUUCUGGAGAGUUUGCCUUUGAGAAGGCUUACUGCCAGUAUCGGCUGAAUCAACCGAAAGAGGCCCUCGACACCAUCGACUCUGCCGGCUCUCUUGACCAAAAGCUGAAAGAAUUAAAAGCCCAAGUGCUGUACCGCCUUGAAGAUUACGAAGCCUGCUUUGAUGUCUAUCGCGACUUAAUCAAAACAAAUGCGGAUGAUUUCGAGGACGAGCGAGAAACCAAUCUGGCCGCAGUGGUUGCUAAUCUGAGCAUUGAAGGAACUAAGCGGGAUUUGCCUACUCUGAGGGAGUCUACUUACGAGCUGCUUUACAACUCGGCCUGUCGGCUCUUGGGAACAGGACAGGUGCUAGAAGCUGAAAAGAAACUGAAGCAGUCGGAGAAGAUGUGCAGAGAGUCGCUGGAGGAGGAAGGCUCCACUGAGGAGGAUAUUGAGGAUGAACUUAGCAUUGUCAAGGUGCAGCUAGCGUUUUGCCUGCACAAAAUGGGCCGCGAGAAGGAGGCGCAGGUGAUCUACAACCGAGCCCUGAAGCAGAAGCCGGACGACAUCGCGCUGGUGGCCAUCACAAGCAACAACCUGGCCGUAUUGAACAGGGAAGGCAACCUGUUCGACAGCAAGAAGCGGCUGAAGAGCGCCACCGUGGACGGACUGGAGCACAAGCUGACACAGCGGCAGCGGCGCGCCAUCGCCGUGAACCAGUGCCUACUGGCUGCGCUGACCGGCCAGGCGGAGCAGUGCGCUGCCAUGUGCGACAAGGUGGCCAAGCAGUACGCAUCCACUAAGGAGGAACUCGUGCUCGUCCGCGCCACUGCCCUCGCCAGGGACGGAAAGGUCGCCGACGCUGGAAAGCUGCUCAAUGACGAGAGUAAGCAGGCGCCCAAACGCAGACUUGAAUUGCAGCUGGCCGCCGUUCAGAUGCACCUGGCAGAGGGUGACACAAAAGCAGCUUGUGACAUCCUGAAGAAUAUGGGUGACUCCACCUUCAGCCCUGGCAUCGUCAGCGCCUUGGUUACUCUAUACCUGGCCAGCAGUGACAGAAAAUCGGCUUCAACUGUCCUCAAGGACGCUGUUGAAUGGUACAGGAAAAAUAAGACAGGAUCGCAGUCCAGUUUGAGCAUGUUGUGGAGAAAGGCUGCCGAUUUCCACUUGCGCGGAGGAGAGCCGCAGGUGGCGGCCAGGAGUCUCGAGGAGCUGCUUAAAAUCAACCCUUCAGACAUGAAAACCCUGGCGCAGCUCGUCAUUGCCUAUGCUCAGUUUGACCCGAAAAAGGCGCAGGAGCUGAGCAAAAAGCUGCCGCCAGUGGGCGAGCUGGCUCAGGACACGGACAUCGACGCCCUGGAGACCUCCAGCUGGGUCAUGGGCACCAAGGUCAUGAAGAAGGUCACCGCCAAGGUUGAAGCCAGUCCUAUGACUGGGGAGAAUUUGCUGAGGAAAAAGAGGAGGAAGCGUCCUGGAAAGCUGCCCAAGAACUACAUCGCCGGGGCCACUCCUGACCCUGAGCGCUGGCUGCCGAGGUACGAAAGGUCUGGCUACAAGAAGAAGAAGGACCGACGCGUCAAGGAGCAGCUCAAGGGGUCGCAGGGCACAGCUUAUGGAGCCAGCGAGCAGUUCGACAUGUCUGCUCGAGUGCCUGUGGCCAAAUCGUCGCCGCAGACCCCUGCCACUCCGGACCAAGGGCCCAGGUCGUACCAAAAGAAGCAGACGAAAAAGAAGAAGGGAAAGGGAGGAAAGUGGUGAAAGGCUUAUUGUGUGAUUUUUGAAUUAAACUUCUGUUAUAUAAAUAUUCA